GAAUAAGACCACGUGGCAAUGCUUACAUAAGCAUAAAACCAUACCCUCGCCAAACCCUAAGGAUGAGGUCUAGGCCCAUACAUAGCGCAUGCUUUCUUUGUAGGGCAAGCCCUUGACUCAGUCCCGUGGCAUGGUCUUGCAUUCUGGCCUAUCUCAUUGCAUUGGAUGGUCAUGUAAUAGGUCCCGCAGGUAAUCAAAAAAAUCCCCUGCUAAGGUAGCUCCCUUCAUGGGAUAGGGGAUAGCGGUGGGAUAGAAAGAAAACGGAACUAGCGCUUCAACUCCCAGGCACGAAGGAAGAUCUCUCAAUCCGACGAGAGAAAAGGCCUAGCUUACUUGCUUAGUCCAAUUCCGAACGCGCCUUAUAAAGCGUCAGCCCUAAAUGACCUGGAAUGGAUGGAUGGAUAAAGAUCCCAAAGCUUCAUUUCUUUCGCUUACCAGAGUCCACAUUCGCCAGUAGCCUGCCUAAAGGCGUUGACAAGCAUGAUAUUUUACUAAGGAUAGGGGAGGUGGGCCCGUUUUCCCAUUAUACACACUAAGCUGUCAGUAAAAGUAAAAGAGUUACUAUGCUUAUACAUAAUAGGAGGAUUCUAUAUAAUAUAUAUAUAUAAUAAAUAGGAAACCCUGUGCUUCGAAGCGAAGGUCAAUCAAAUUUUGACUUAGUCUGGAAGGGUCACCCUAUCUCAACAAAGGAAAAGAUCUAUCUUUAGAGUAGAAGAAGAGAGAGCGUUAUGCUUAACACAAGCAAGCUGAACUGCUCAGCUUUCUUUCUUUCCCUAGCACAGACUUUGUAGAUAGUCAAAACAGGUCCGCUAGGAGUAUUCACUGAAUGACUGACUAAGAGAUUUCAUGGGAGAAAGGCUUUCGGAUAGAGUUAUACCCCUUUUUAGCACCCAAGGUAAUGAUGCGCCUUUGUAUAUUUGUUGUGCAAAUUGAUGAACAGGUGAUGGAAUUCUUAAUAAAGUGACAAGUCUAAGCAGCUUCUUUAUAUCGAGCGUUGGCGGCUCGGAGUGAAAAGAAGUCCGGCAUGAGUAAGACGAAGUGUAGUUUAGUUUCUUUGAAAUGUGGAUGGCAUGCUGUCUGAAUUCUGGACUUGAGAUUCUGACAAGCUGCAUGAUUACCUGUUAUUUGAAUAGGUUUAGUAACCAGAGGAUAAAGGGGAAGACCUAUUCUCUUAUUUUUUGACGAGAAAGCUGAAUCUGAUUUUCUUCAAUCAUAGAGGAAUCACUUAAUACAGCAUUAUGAACUUUAACAGGAACCUCCUCCAUCCAAACCCUCAUCUCCCCAAAAUUUAUACUAAUAUGAGCAAGCCUAUGAGCAACUAUAUUUCCCUCCCUUUUAAGAUGAAGAAAAUAAAAAGAAGUAAAAUUCUUCAUAAAAGCUAGGAUAUCAGCAACAAGCUGUCCAAAAGCAGAAGCUUCUACUUUUCUUUUCUGGAGAUGAUUAAUGAGCUUUAAGCAAUCAGAUUCUACCAUAAUCUUGUUCAACCCAAUAUCACUUGCAAUUUCAACUGCCCCCCUGAUGGCCAAGGCUUCAUCAACUUCGAGUUUUGCGUUGAAGACAUCACAAUAUGACGCGAUCACAUCUCCUUCAUGAUCUCGAAAGACAGCUCCAAGACCACAAAUACCCUCCUCAAACCUUGCUGCAUCUGCAUUGAUUUUCAAAAUUCCAAGAGGCAUACCUUUGAGCUUUGAGAUUCAUUUGAGAGGCAAGGUUCCUUUUUGUCAUAAUAUGCAAAGUCAUGCGCUAAAUUCACAGCUCUAUCAAUCAGUAAGGAUGUCUCUGUGUCUUUGCCUUCAAAAAGCCACUUCUUUCUCGCAAGCCACACCUGCCAAGCUAGAAUCCAGAAGAGGUUCCACCACUGAUCUUCAUUGUAUAUAUCACGCAGAGCACUACACCAUUGUUUAAAAGAUUCAAUAUUACUUGGGCAAGUUAAUCUUAGGGGGGACGCAUACCACAGCUUGCAUGACUCACUGCAUUUUCCGAACAGAUGAGUGAUUCUUUCCUCCCCUUCACCACACCUUGGACAGAUUGGAUCCACGUCCAAACCUCUUUUCUUCAGACUCAUACGAACCGGAAGCCCAUUGUUCGGUGCUUUCCAAGCAAAAAUCUUCCCUUUUUUUUUAGCAAGAGUGGGUAAGAAGCGCGAGCAAGGGAAGGUUUACUUUUCCUUUACGUGACCCUUGGUUCUGGAAGGCACAUCGGCACCCACCGGAGGUUCGUACGCUCACGCUCGUUCCAGGUAUUCCACUGGCUUAUAUACUCGCUAACGCUAGAUGCUUCGUUUGUAAGUACAUUUUAUCCAGAGAUCACUUUAAGAAAAAGCCGGCCAUGUUAGGUUACUUUGGUGCUACAAGGUGAUUGUCAGAUAUAGCUGCUAAAGCAUUUCCAGUGAAGGGAAGAUCUUCUAUCUGAGCUGUUUUGUUACUCUAUAGCUCGCUAAUGAAGUUAGCUUAUGUGCUCGUUUUACUACUCGCUCGUUCGUUUGCCCAAGAAGUAUGACAAGUCACCAAGGUCCUUGCCUCAUCUUUCCGGGGUUAGGUUGAGGCUUUGCACACGAGGAACUGCACUCGCACAAUCAAGAAAGAGAAAAUGAGUACUUGAGCGGGGAUAAGAGUUAUAGUAAUGAAAAGAGGUACGUAGUCGCUUAAGCGAAGUUUAUGGAAAGGCGGAACUCUUAACGAAAGAAUGGUUAACUAGCCCAUGAAUCCGAAUAAAAGGUUUUUAUAACUUAGUACUUGUGCUAAGGUUGUUUACUCCCUGAGUUGCAAGGCUAAGGAACAGACGAUCAAGGUUGUACCCCUAACAGAGCUCCAAACUCGGGUAAGGAAAUCUAAUAGUAAGGAGAUGCUGAUGCCAACUUCGACUUUCACUCAUAGGAUUGGGGGCACUAACAACGAUGAGACUAAGCGCCUUUCAGGAAAGCUGAUAGCAGAGAGUGGAGAAGUUACAUACCUUCGUAGAUUGAUCGAGUUCAGUGUACUUCUUCUCAUCGAGAUUGGCUAUAGCUGUAUGGGAGCUUCCUUCUAUCACUACUUUUUUUGGGGGGAAGUACUUAAGAAGAAUACUCAGGAGAUCCACUCUCAACGAAGAGCUUAGGAAUAAUAAGUAGACAGAGAGUAUGGCCCAGGCUGGGAAAGAUUAAGUAGACAGAGAGUAUGGGUCGGGUAAUUUUAAUACUGAUCUAGCAAGAAAAGCCCUCUUAUUUCACGCAUGCUUUUAGGGCAAAUCCGCCCGAAUUCCUAUGAUUUUCAAGUCAAGGCAUCUCUUCUCAGAUCAAUUGUAUGGUCGAUGUAUGAAGAUAAAGAAAAAAGACAAGUGAGGCAGGGUAAAAUACCAUGCCAAAGAUUGAAAGUUGAGUUCUCGUGAUGCCUGCUGCUUCAAGCUCGGAAAGCCCACUACUGAUGAUAUAAAUUUCCAGGUCUUCCUACUCAUCAAUGAUUAUAUUGAUUCUUUAGGGAUGAUAAGGCACAUAGGUCUAAUUACGUAGUGAAAAAUGAGUCCUAUUAUUCUCUUGCUUGAGCGGAUUAGCCGAUCGCUUUCGUUCAUCAGAAGUAGUGGACAAGGAGAGAACUCGGCAUCGUGCAAUUCCAUUAAUCUGGUCAAUUCAUUUCCGCUGCUCUACUCUUUCGCUUUGGCAUUUCCAUACGAGGCAGUUUACUGGGGACAUGUCAAAAGAUAUGGAAUUUCCUACUUGUAUUAUUGAAAUACGAGAAUUGAGACCGAAAGAUAUCCAUAUCAGUUAAAGAAAAAGAUGCCUCUUUCUUGUGUGAUAGGAACAGAGCUUCGGGCAAGCAGCUUAGCCAAGGCAGCAGCCUUGUAGUUCUUCCACGGCAUGCUCAGAGAAAGACUUCCUCCAUGGCAUAGCUCAGUCAUUCAAUCAUGAUAGGGUCAGUCAGACAGGAUUCUUCUCCUAAGCGAAGGUCUAGCUCCCCAUGCUGUCUUUAUUCUAGCUCUGAUUCUUCCUCCUUCGGGGAUCUGCCCCUUUUUGCUUCCUUAUCCGCAUGGAACUUUAAUAACUUAUUUCUCAUAGGCAUGAGCAUUCAUCUCUCUCACUUCAUCACUCAUAAGGAAUGCAUCGAUGUAGCUUCUGUCUGCAGUUCCGGAGGACUAAAUAGAAGGGCAUUCCAUGCCUGAUCCGCUUGAUCCGCCAUAUAGGCUGGUUAGCGUCUGCUAGGGAAAGCCCUUUUCUAUAGACGACUCCCUUACUUUACCACGGUACAGGAUUAUAUGAUAGCUGUCUUCAUUCUGAUUUGGGAUGUGGAUAGGCCAAUUAUCAGCAUCGUAGUAUUUCAUACGAAAGAUGCUUAGAGCCAGUGAGGGAAGAUGGAUUUGUUCACGGAAUCAAGUUCAUCUGGAUUUGCUUUCUUCCCGUCCCUGCUUGACUUCUCUAUUCAUUCGGUCAAUAAGGCUGCGGGUCGAAUGAUGGCAUCAUAUCAUCUUAUAUUAUAUAAAGGAGAGGCUGCAUUUAAGAGCGAUCUUUCCCUCUUCAACAAGCGGGUGUGAUCUAACUUUCGAAACGACGUGGCGGUGUUGUACUCAUAGGUCGAUGUCAUGUAACCGAUAACAAAGACAGAUAUAGAAAGUGUGAAGUGAGGGAUCUUUCUAUGUAGCCAUAGAAGACUCGACCCAAGCAAUUCUUAUGCCCAAAACUCCCAUGCUUUCCGGUUAAGAACCAACCGGCAAUAAAUAUCCUACAAGUCUUUCUUCAUUUCUCGAGAGAGCAGAGCACUCAAAGAAUGAACCAAAUGAUUGUUCGAGAAUGGCUAUUCUUCACAAUGACUCCUUGUGAUGCAGCGGAACCAUGGCAAUUAGGAUUUCAAGACGCAGCAACACCUAUGAUGCAAGGAAUAAUAGACUUACAUCAUGAUAUCUUUUUCUUCCUCAUUCUUAUUUUGGUUUUCGUAUCAUGGAUCUUGGUUCGCGCUUUAUGGCAUUUCCACUAUAAAAAAAAUCCAAUCCCGCAAAGGAUUGUUCAUGGAACUACUAUCGAGAUUAUUCGGACCAUCUUUCCCAGUAUCAUCCUGAUGUUCAUUGCUAUACCAUCAUUUGCUCUGUUAUACUCAAUGGACGAGGUAGUAGUAGAUCCAGCCAUUACUAUCAAAGCUAUUGGACAUCAAUGGUAUCGGACUUAUGAGUAUUCGGACUAUAACAGUUCCGAUGAACAGUCACUCACCUUUGACAGUUAUACGAUUCCAGAAGAUGAUCCAGAAUUGGGUCAAUCACGUUUAUUAGAAGUGGACAAUAGAGUGGUUGUACCAGCCAAAACUCAUAUACGUAUUAUUGUAACAUCUGCUGAUGUACUUCAUAGUUGGGCUGUACCUUCCUCAGGUGUCAAAUGUGAUGCUGUACCUGGUCGUUUAAAUCAGACCUCUAUUUUGGUACAACGAGAAGGAGUUUACUAUGGUCAGUGCAGCGAAAUUUGUGGAACUAAUCAUGCUUUUAUGCCUAUCGUCGUAGAAGCUGUUUCUAGGAAAGAUUAUGGUUCUCGGGUAUCUAAUCAAUUAAUCCCCCAAACCGGAGAAGCUUAAGCGGAGAUGUCCUUCUCGAGCAUAUCUUCUAAUGAAAGAAUAGGGUGAGGAAAAAGAAGAGAAGCCCCUAAGAAGGCUUCGCUCGCUCGCUCGAACCCUCGUUUAGUAGAAAGCAAGUAGAGUGCAUAAGCUCCUUUAGAGAUAGAGGCGAGUACUACACGCGCUCGUAAGUCAAGUACGGAAUGAGCCUUGUCUACAAAGCAGAGCGACCUCGUCUUGCUUGCUUCUGGCGAAACUUCCUGCACCAGAGAAUGGGCAUUCCGCUAUGGUAGGUAGGAAGACUUCUUUUUAGGCCGACCACUCUAUAGGAAUAGGAGCGAGAGAGAAGCCAAGCCGUAUAAAGGCGAGCAGCCAUAGAAAACGGCCUACUUAUAGCCUUGAGC